AUUUCCCAAAAAAAAAAGAAGGAAAAAUCCAGACAUCGAAAGAAAGAGUCCAGCCAAAGAAUGGCAAAUGGACGGCGGCACCACGUGGACUAAUGACAGCGACGCGGCCCCUUCCCAUAAAAUGCUGUGUACCGCACCAUAGCUACAGCUGCUGGUAUGCCGGCAGGGAAAAUGGCGUUGCAGGUUGGGCGUAUAUGAACACCUGAGAGUAUAAGCAUUUCGUAUGUGUCGUUUCUCUGAGGGUUGCGGUGUAAAUUUCUUUCCAGAAAUGGGGGUUCCUCUGGCAAUGGAGAGCCUGGCGCAGCGAGCGCAGAUGAUGAGGGAAAGCUUGCUGAAAAGCGAGAAGAAUACGGAGAAAAUAGUUUCGAUCCUCGGAUCUUUCGAUCACCGCCUUUCCACGCUCGAAACAGCCAUGCGUCCUACACAGGUGCGCACACAUGCUAUUAGAAAAGCACACGAAAAUAUUGACAAGACGUUGAAGGCGGCUGAUGUGAUAUUAACACAGUUUGAUAUAUCUCGCCAGGUGGAAGCUAAGAUUAUGAAAGGUCCUAUGGAAGAUCUUGAAAGUUAUCUAGCUGCAGUUGAUCAACUGCAUGAUAAUGUUGAAUUUUUCAACUGCAACAAAAGCUUCAAGAGUAGUGAUGGAGUUCUCACAAAUGCAAAUAGUUUACUUGCUAAGGCAAUGCUAAAGCUUGAAGAAGAGUUUAAGCAACUUCUAUCUGCUUACAGCAAAGUUGUCGAACCUGAACGCUUGUUUGAAUGUCUUCCAAAUUCCUUGAGGCCUUCAACAGGAUCUCCUGGGAAUCUUGGGGAUCACAGUGUUAAGAAAAAUCAUACUGAACAAAUUGCAAAAGGCACUGAGGGAUCCGCAUAUACACUUCCCACAUUGAUUCCUCCUAGAAUAAUCCCGCAGCUACAUGAUUUGGCCCAGCGGAUGGAGGAGGCGGGACAUGGUCAGCAGUGCUUAAAAAUUUACAGGGACACAAGAGCUUCUGUUUUGGAGCAAAGCCUUAGAAAACUUGGAGUAGAAAAACUGAGUAAAGAUGACGUGCAAAAGAUGCAAUGGGAAGUGCUAGAGGGGAAGAUUGGUAAUUGGAUCCACUUUAUGCGCAUAGCUGUGAAGCUGUUAUUUGCAGGGGAACGUAAAGUUUGUGACCAAAUAUUUGAAGAUUUAGAUCCCUUGAAAGAUCAGUGCUUUGCUGAAGUAACAACAAACAGUGUUAUAAUGUUGUUGAGUUUUGGAGAAGCAAUUGCGAAAAGCAAGAGGUCUCCGGAAAAGUUAUUUGUACUGCUCGACAUGUAUGAAACAAUGCGAGAGCUGUUACCAGAGAUAGAGGCAAUAUUUGGAGGCAAGGCUUCUGCUGAAAUGCGAGAGGCGGCCUUAAGUUUGACAAAGAGAUUAGCACAAACCGCCCAAGAUACGUUUGGUGAUUUUGAAGAAGCAGUUGAGAAGGAUGCCACAAAAACUUCUAUAUUGGAUGGAACGGUCCAUCCUUUGACAAGUUAUGUUAUCAAUUAUGUGAAGUUCUUAUUUGAUUACCAAUCUACAUUAAAGCAACUUUUCCAAGAAAAUGAGAAUGGAGGUCAGUCAAAUUCUCAGUUAGCAGCUGCAACAAUGCGAAUAAUGUCUGCACUUCAGACCAAUCUUGAUGGGAAAUCAAAGCAGUAUAAGGAUCCUGCACUGACACAAUUGUUUCUUAUGAAUAAUAUCCACUAUAUGGUUAGAUCUGUAAGAAGGUCAGAAGCAAAGGAUUUGCUGGGUGAUGACUGGGUACAGAGACACCGUCGAAUAGUACAGCAGCAUGCCAACCAAUAUAGAAGAAUUGCUUGGGGAAAGAUUUUGCAAGCCCUUACUGUGCAAGGCUUGACUUCUUCUGGUAGUGGUGGACCUGGACCAGCUGAUGGCAGCACUAGCAGUGGUGUUUCCAGAGCUCUAUUGAAGGAAAGGUUCAGAGCCUUUAAUGUACAAUUUGAAGAGCUUCACCAACGGCAAAUACAAUGGACUGUUCCUGACAAUGAGUUGCGUGAGUCCCUACGUUUAGCAGUGGCUGAAAUUAUCUUACCAGCUUAUCGUUCAUUUAUCAAGCGUUUUGGGUCUUUGAUAGACACUGGGAAAAAUCCUCAGAAAUACAUAAAAUACACUCCUGAGGACUUAGAGCGAAUGCUAAGUGAAUUAUUUGAGGGAAAACCAAGGGCUGAACCAAGGCGAUAGGUGGAACAGUUGUGAGUUUGUACAUUUUUCAAAUAAAUUUUUCAUGUAAAUUAAUGUGCGAUUAGACAGAACUUGUGCUAUUUUCGGAAGUUCGGGACCUGUGGUUGUAACACUAAUUGAUUAUUUCGAGGUGAAGUUUCUUUCCUCUGCCGUUAUAAAUAAAAUUAAUUCAGAGAAGUUGAUCGAUUUACAUCAAAACUUGAGCAUCACUAUAUCUAAUUGGAUCGAUAUAUUCUACCAUGUCUUCAGGCAUACAAGUUGAUUGUAUACGGGAAGAUCAAAUUUGUUGAGCUCUUAUAUUAUUGAUCUCUGAAAUAAAAUAUUUUCUUCUAAAA